UCCUUAUUUCUUUAUGAUUUGUGUCUUCAAACAGUGUUGGUUUGUUUGAGAGAGAUAUCACUCUUAAAACCUCUCUCCAUUUUUUUCCCCUUCAAUUUUAUAUAUAUAUAAAUUAUAUAUAGAUAUUGAAGCUCCAACUCUCCUUUUCCAGAAGGCGAUUUGCAGCCCUAAAAAAAUAGAGUGAAAAAGAAAGAAAAAGACGAGAGAUAGAAGGACAACAACAACAACAACAAAUUUUUUUAAAAAAAUGAAGAACGAACAACCUCUUUCAAUUCCACUCAAACGAAAAUGAUGUCCCAAAUCCUUUGCCUCUAACAGUGAAAUUAUGAGAAUUUUGAUACCCAAUUUUCAGUGAUUAAAAACCACUAUAUAAUUGUGAUUCUAUGUCACAACAAGACUACCAACAAGCGGCGGCGGCGGCCGCUGCAGCAGCAGCGGCAGGUUUCUUCACGCCGUUUUCCAAUGGCUUUGAUAGAUCUUCCACAACUCACCACCAAGACUCACAUCAACAUUACCAACACAUAGCUCACCAGAUCCGUAAAGAGAAGCUCCGCCUCCAAGGCAGUUACGACGCGCCGCCACAUCCACCGUCCUUAGUCGGAAUCGACGAUGACGACGACAACGAUGACCAAUCCACUGUCCAUCACGUUUAUGACUCCACUGGAAUUUUAUCCGAAAUGUUCAAUUUUCCACCACCGCCGCCACCGCCACCCCCGCAGACUGAUUGGUAUAGUAACAGGCAAACAAUCAACGCGGCGGAUUCGGCUGUCGCCAUGCAGCUUUUUCUAAUGAACCCGAAUCCUCGGUCGCCAUCUCCGCCACCACCGCCACCACCGUCGUCAACACUCCACAUGCUUCUUCCAAACCCUUCUUCAGGAGGGUCUUAUGGGCAAUUCACAUGGGGGGUGGUGCCGCAGCAAGAAACAAAUAAUGACCAUUCUUCAUCAAACCCUAAUGAAGGUCGUCUUUCAUUGUCGUUGUCAUCUUCUUUGGAAGCUGCAAAAGCUGAGGAAUUGAGAAUGGGUGACAGCAACAAUGGGUUACUUUAUCAUCACCACCAUCAUCCUCAUGUCGGAAUUGGGUCCUCCAAUCCAUUGGGAGUUGUCAACUUAUUGAGAAAUUCAAAGUACAUCAAAGCUGCUCAAGAAUUAUUAGAGGAAUUUUGUAGCGUUGGAAGAGGUCAAUUUAAGAAAAACAAUCACAAUAAUAAAUCAAAUUUGCCCUCCAAUUCUAAUUCCCACGGUGGCGGUGGAGGCGAUGGUGCCGGAGUUUCUUCAUCUUCAACAAAGGAUCAUCAACCAUCUUUGUCAGCAACUGAUAGGAUUGAACAUCAAAGGAGAAAGGUCAAAUUGUUAUCUAUGCUUGAUGAGGUUGAUAGAAGAUACAAUCAUUAUUGUGAGCAAAUGCAAAUGGUGGUGAAUUCAUUCGACGAGGUGAUGGGAUUCAGGGCAGCAGUGCCAUACACGGCGUUGGCGCAAAAGGCAAUGUCGAGGCAUUUUCGGUGUUUAAAGGACGCAAUAUCAUCACAGUUGAAGCAUAGUUGCGAGAUGUUGGGAGAGAAAGAUGGGGGAGUAACUGGAAGAGCUUCAGGAAUAACAAAAGGAGAGACUCCUAGACUUAAGCUCUUGGAGCAAAGCCUUAGACAACAACGAGCUUUCCAUCAAAUGGGUAUUAUGGAACAAGAAGCUUGGCGUCCUCAACGCGGCUUGCCUGAACGCUCUGUCAAUAUCUUACGAGCUUGGCUCUUCGAGCAUUUCCUUCAUCCGUAUCCUAGUGAUGCUGAUAAGCAUUUGUUAGCUAGACAGACUGGUUUGUCAAGAAAUCAAGUAUCAAAUUGGUUCAUUAAUGCCAGGGUUCGUUUGUGGAAACCCAUGGUAGAAGAAAUGUACCAACAAGAAGCCAAAGAUGAUGACGACGACGAUCAUAAUAAUAACAACAAUAAUAGUAAUAAUAAUAAUAAUAAUAGCGAUGAUGAAGAAGAAGAAGAAGACACACAAACCAACAACAACCAUCAACAAAUAAUGAAUCCCCUUUCACAAACUCCAACGUUAACGCCGCAGCCGCAGGCACUUCCUCCAUCCUCCUCGGCGGUGGCGCAGACGUUUCCGGCGAACAAUUAUGAGACAGAGCUGCAGGACACGUGUCGGAGAGUCAGCGUUCUGGCUGCACCUGAUCUUCAAUUCGGGACCACAAAUGCAGCUGCCACGUCUGACAUUGAAGGGCCCACAACGCUCAUAAGGUUCGGGACCACCGCCGGUGACGUGUCACUCACAUUAGGUUUACGCCACGCCGGAAACAUCCCCGAUCAAACCUCUCCCUUCGCCCUCAGAUCGGAGUUUGGAGGCUGUUAAAUAUAUAAUCUCUCUCUCUCUAUAUAUAAUUUAAUAUAGACAUAGUUUUAAAUUAAGUUCUUUUUUUUUUAA